CCCUCCCUUCUCUGCAGAGCCACAGCCAAAGCGACUGCGGUCGCCACCCCGCCCCCUUCCGGGCGCCAUUGAGAGCGUGGCGGUAGCCCAGGGCCUGCCGUCCAGCCCUGCCGGGACCGAUGCCCUCUAGUGGCUCAGUGUCCAGAAGCCGCCAAAGAGGACGACCCAUGGCAUCCCGGGGCUUUGACGGGUACCGCCGCGGGAGUCUCCGGCGGGCCGGCGCGCGCGAGCCACCGAGCGAGGCGGCCGACGCGGCGGCCCAGGCUUCUGGGUCCUCCUGGUCUUCGCCUUUCUUCACGGCUUCUACCCCGUCGGCCGCUGCCACCGUGGGCCCCGGCCCGACCGACAUGGCGGCGGUGUUGCAGCAGGUCCUGGAGCGCACGGAGCUCAAUAAGCUGCCCAAGUCCGUCCAGAACAAACUUGAGAAGUUCCUCGCUGAUCAGCAGUCCGAGAUCGAUGGCCUGAAGGGCCGGCACGAGAAAUUUAAGGUGGAGAGCGAACAACAGUACUUUGAGAUAGAAAAGAGACUAUCCCACAGUCAGGAGAGACUUGUGAAUGAAACCCGAGAAUGCCAAAGCUUACGACUCGAGCUAGAGAAACUCAACAGUCAGCUGAAGGGAUUAACUGAGAAAAACAAGGAACUCGAAAUUGCUCAAGAUCGCAAUAUUGCCAUUCAGAGCCAAUUUACAAGAACAAAGGAAGAAUUAGAAGCUGAGAAAAGAGACUUAAUUAGAACCAAUGAGAGACUGUCUCAAGAACUUGAAUAUUUAACAGAGGAUGUUAAACGCCUAAAUGAAAAACUUAAAGAAAGCAAUGCAACAAAGGGUGAACUUCAGUUAAAAUUGGAUGAACUUCAAGCUUCUGAUGUUUCUGUUAAGUUUCGAGAAAAGCGCUUAGAGCAAGAAAAGGAAUUGCUGCAUAGUCAGAAUACAUGGCUGAAUACAGAGUUGAAAACCAAAACUGAUGAACUUCUAGCUCUUGGAAGAGAAAAAGGAAAUGAGAUUCUAGAGCUUAAAUGUAAUCUUGAAAACAAAAAAGAGGAGGUGACUAGACUAGAAGAACAGAUGAAUGGCUUAAAAACAUCAAAUGAACAUCUUCAAAAGCAUGUGGAGGAUCUGUUGACCAAAUUAAAAGAGGCCAAGGAACAACAGGCCAGUAUGGAAGAGAAAUUCCACAAUGAAUUAAAUGCUCACAUAAAACUCUCUAACCUAUACAAGAGUGCUGCUGAUGACUCAGAGGCAAAGAGCAAUGAACUAACCCGGGCAGUGGAUGAACUACAUAAACUUUUGAAAGAAGCUGGAGAAGCCAACAAAGCAAUACAAGAUCAUCUUUUAGAAGUGGAGGAAUCUAAAGAUCAAAUGGAAAAAGAAAUGCUUGAUAAAAUAGGGAAAUUGGAGAAGGAAUUAGAGAAUGCAAAUGACCUGCUUUCUGCUACAAAACGUAAAGGAGCCAUAUUAUCUGAAGAAGAGCUUGCGGCCAUGUCUCCUACUGCAGCAGCUGUAGCUAAGAUAGUGAAACCUGGCAUGAAAUUAACUGAGCUGUAUAAUGCUUAUGUGGAAACUCAGGAUCAGUUGCUUUUGGAGAAACUAGAGAACAAAAGAAUUAAUAAGUAUCUAGAUGAAAUAGUGAAAGAAGUUGAAGCCAAAGCACCGAUUUUGAAACGCCAGCGUGAGGAGUAUGAACGUGCACAGAAAGCGGUGGCAAGUUUAUCUGUUAAGCUUGAACAAGCUAUGAAGGAGAUUCAGCGAUUACAGGAGGACACUGAUAAAGCCAACAAACAUUCAUCUGUACUGGAGAGAGAUAAUCAAAGAAUGGAAAUUCAAAUAAAAGAUCUUUCACAACAGAUUAGAGUGCUUUUGAUGGAACUUGAAGAAGCAAGGGGUAACCAUGUAAUUCGUGAUGAAGAAGUAAGCUCUGCUGAUAUAAGUAGUUCAUCUGAAGUAAUAUCACAGCAUCUAGUAUCUUACAGAAAUAUUGAAGAGCUUCAACAACAAAAUCAGCGUCUUUUAGUGGCUCUUAGGGAACUUGGGGAAACCAGAGAAAGAGAAGAACAAGAAACAACUUCAUCCAAAAUCACUGAGCUUCAGCUCAAACUUGAGAGCUCCCUCACUGAACUGGAGCAACUCCGUGAGUCACGACAGCAUCAGAUGCAGCUUGUUGAUUCCAUAGUUCGUCAGCGUGAUAUGUACCGCAUUUUAUUGUCACAAACAACAGGAGUAGUCAUUCCCUUACAAGCUUCAAGCUUAGAUGAUGUUUCUCUAGUGUCAACUCCAAAACGGUCAAGUACAUCACAGACUGCUUCCACACCUACUCCAGUACCUGUUAUUGAAUCAACAGAGGCCAUAGAAGCUAAGGCUGCCCUUAAACAGUUGCAGGAAAUUUUCGAGAACUAUAAAAAAGAAAAAGUAGAUAACGAAAAAAUGCAAAACGAGCAGCUUGAGAAACUUCAGGAGCAAGUUACAGAUUUGCGGUCACAAAAUACCAAAAUUUCUACCCAGCUGGAUUUUGCUUCUAAACGGUAUGAAAUGCUACAAGAUAAUGUUGAAGGAUAUCGUCGAGAAAUAACAUCGUUACAUGAAAGAAAUCAAAAACUCACUGCAACGACUCAAAAGCAGGAACAGAUCAUCAAUACAAUGACUCAAGAUUUGAGAGGAGCAAAUGAAAAGCUAGCUGUCGCAGAAGUAAGAGCAGAAAAUUUGAAAAAGGAAAAGGAAAUGCUUAAAUUGUCAGAAGUCCGUCUUUCUCAGCAAAGAGAGUCUUUGUUAGCUGAACAAAGGGGGCAAAACUUGCUGCUAACUAAUCUGCAAACAAUUCAGGGAAUAUUAGAGCGCUCUGAAACAGAAACCAAACAAAGGCUUAGUAGCCAGAUAGAAAAAUUAGAACAUGAGAUCUCUCAUCUAAAGAAGAAGUUGGAAAACGAGGUGGAACAAAGGCAUACACUUACUAGAAAUCUGGAUGUUCAACUUUUGGAUACAAAAAGACAACUAGAUACUGAGGCAAAUCUUCAUCUUAGCACAAAGGAACUAUUAAAAAAUGCUCAAAAGGAAAUUACUACCUUGAAACAGCACCUCAGUAAUAUGGAAGUCCAACUUGCUUCUCAGUCUUCACAGAGAACUGGUAAAGGUCAGCCUACCGACAAAGAAGAUGUGGAUGAUCUUCUGAGUCAGCUAAGGCAAACAGAAGAGCAGGUGAAUGACUUGAAAGAGAGACUCAAAACAAGUACUAGUAAUGUAGAACAGUAUCGAGCGAUGGUUACUAGUUUAGAAGAAUCCCUGAACAAGGAAAAACAGGUGACAGAAGAAGUGCGUAAGAAUAUUGAAGUUCGUUUAAAAGAGUCAGCUGAGUUUCAGACACAGUUGGAAAAGAAGUUGAUGGAAGUAGAGAAGGAAAAACAAGAACUUCAGGAUGAUAAGCGAAAAGCCAUAGAGAGCAUGGAACAACAGUUAUCUGAGUUGAAGAAAACACUUUCCAGUGUUCAGAAUGAAGUACAAGAAGCUCUUCAGAGAGCAAGCACAGCUCUAAGUAAUGAACAGCAAGCCAGACGUGACUGUCAGGAACAGGCUAAAAUAGCUGUGGAAGCUCAGAAUAAGUAUGAGAGAGAAUUGAUGCUACAUGCUGCUGAUGUCGAAGCUCUACAAGCCGCCAAGGAACAGGUUUCAAAAAUGGCAUCGAUCCGUCAGCAUUUGGAAGAAACAACCCAGAAAGCAGAAUCACAGUUGUUGGAAUGUAAAGCAUCUUGGGAGGAAAGAGAGAGAAUGUUAAAGGAUGAAGUUUCUAAGUGUGUUUCACGCUGUGAAGAUCUAGAGAAACAAAACAGAUUACUUCAUGAUCAGAUUGAAAAACUAAGUGACAAAGUAGUUACUUCUAUAAAAGAAGGUGUACAAGGUCCAUUGAAUGUAUCACUCAGUGAAGAAGGAAAAUCUCAAGAACAAAUUUUAGAAAUUCUCAGAUUUAUACGACGAGAAAAAGAAAUUGCUGAAACUAGGUUUGAGGUGGCUCAAGUUGAAAGUCUACGUUAUCGACAGAGGGUUGAACUUUUAGAAAGAGAAUUACAAGAACUGCAGGAUAGUCUCAAUGCUGAAAGGGAGAAAGUCCAGGUAACUGCAAAAACAAUGGCUCAGCAUGAAGAACUGAUGAAGAAAACUGAAACAAUGAAUGUAGUUAUGGAAACUAAUAAGAUGCUAAGAGAAGAAAAGGAGAGACUAGAACAGGAUCUACAGCAGAUGCAAGCAAAGGUGAGAAAACUGGAGUUAGAUAUUUUACCCUUACAAGAAGCAAAUGCUGAGCUGAGUGAGAAAAGUGGUAUGUUACAGGCAGAGAAGAAGUUACUAGAAGAGGAUGUCAAACGUUGGAAAGCACGUAACCAGCAUCUAGUAAAUCAACAGAAAGACCCAGAUACAGAAGAAUAUCGGAAGCUCCUUUCUGAAAAGGAAGUCCAUACUAAGCGUAUUCAACAGUUGACGGAAGAAAUUGGAAGACUAAAAGCUGAAAUUGCAAGAUCAAAUGCAUCUUUGACCAACAACCAGAACUUAAUUCAGAGUCUGAAGGAAGAUUUAAAUAAAGUAAGAACUGAAAAGGAAACCAUUCAGAAGGACUUAGAUGCCAAAAUAAUUGAUAUCCAAGAAAAAGUCAAAACUAUUACUCAAGUCAAGAAAAUUGGACGGAGAUACAAGACUCAAUAUGAAGAACUUAAGGCACAACAAGAUAAGGUCAUGGAGACUUCUGCUCAGUCUUCUGGAGACCAUCAGGAACAGCAUGUCUCAGUCCAGGAAAUGCAAGAGCUCAAAGAAACCCUCAACCAAGCUGAAACAAAGUCAAAAUCACUUGAGAGUCAAGUAGAGAAUCUGCAAAAGACAUUGUCUGAAAAAGAGUUGGAAGCAAGAAAUCUUCAAGAACAGACUGUGCAGCUUCAAUCUGAACUUUCAAGGCUUCGUCAGGAUCUUCAAGAUAGAACCACACAGGAGGAGCAGCUCCGACAACAGAUAACUGAAAAGGAAGAAAAAACAAGAAAGGCUAUUGUAGCAGCAAAAUCAAAAAUUGCACACUUAGCUGGUGUAAAAGAUCAGCUAACUAAAGAAAAUGAAGAGCUUAAACAAAGGAAUGGAGCCUUGGAUCAACAGAAAGAUGAACUGGAUGUUCGUAUGACUGCUCUUAAGUCCCAAUAUGAAGGUCGAAUUAGUCGCUUGGAAAGAGAACUCAGGGAGCAUCAAGAGAGACACCUUGAGCAGAGAGAUGAACCUCAGGAACCCUCUAAUAAGGUCCCAGAACAGCAGAGACAGAUCACAUUAAAAACAACUCCAGCUUCUGGUGAAAGAGGAAUUGCCAGCACAUCAGACCCACCAACAGCCAAUAUCAAGCCAACUCCUGUUGUGUCUACUCCAAGUAAAGUGACAGCUGCAGCUAUGGCUGGGAAUAAAUCAACACCCAGGGCUAGUAUCCGCCCAAUGGUUACACCCGCAACUGUGACAAAUCCCACUACUACCCCCACAGCUACAGUGAUGCCCACCACACAAGUGGAAUCACAAGAAGCUAUGCAGUCAGAAGGGCCGGUGGAACAUGUUCCAGUUUUUGGAAGCACAAGUGGGUCUGUUCGCUCAACCAGUCCUAAUGUCCAGCCCUCUAUCUCUCAAUCCAUUUUAACUGUUCAGCAACAGACACAAGCUACGGCUUUUGUGCAGCCCACUCAACAGAGUCAUCCUCAGAUCGAGCCUGCCAAUCAAGAGUUAUCCCCAAACAUAGUAGAGGUUGUUCAGAGUUCACCAGUUGAGCGGCCUUCUACCUCCACAGCGGUGUUUGGCACUGUUUCAGCUACCCCAAGUUCUUCUUUGCCAAAGCGUACACGUGAAGAGGAAGAGGAUAGUGCCGUAGAAGCAACAGACCAAGUCUCUGAUGAUACAGUGGAAAUGCCUCUUCCAAAGAAGUUGAAAACUGUUACACCUGUUGGAACUGAGGAAGAAGUCAUGGCAGAAGAAAGUACUGAUGGAGAGGUAGAAACUCAAGUAUACAACCAGGAUUCUCAAGAUUCCAUAGGAGAAGUAAGUAAAAAUAUACUUAAAGUAACAAAUGGUUGCUUUGAUUAUGAAGAAGAUGAAGACGACGACGAUGAUGACGAAGAUGACACAGGGAUGGGAGACGAGGGUGAAGAUAGCAAUGAAGGAACUGGGAGUGCAGAUGGCAAUGAUGGAUAUGAAGCUGAUGAUGCUGAGGGUGGUGAUGGGACUGACCCAGGCACAGAAACAGAGGAAAGCAUGGGUGGAGGUGAAGGUAAUCAGAGAGCUGCUGAUUCUCAAAACAGUGGUGAAGGAAAUACAGGUGCUGCAGAAUCUUCUUUUUCCCAGGAGGUCUCUAGAGAACAGCAGCCAUCGUCAGCAUCCGAAAGACAGACCCCUCGAGCCCCUCAGUCACCAAGACGCCCACCACAUCCACUUCCCCCGCGACUGACCAUUCAUGCUCCACCUCAAGAGUUGGGACCACCAGUUCAGAGAAUUCAGAUGACCCGGAGGCAGUCUGUAGGACGUGGGCUUCAGUUGACUCCAGGAAUAGGUGGCAUGCAGCAGCAUUUUUUUGAUGAUGAAGACAGAACAGUUCCAAGUACACCAACCCUUGUGGUGCCGCAUCGUACUGAUGGAUUUGCUGAAGCAAUUCAUUCCCCACAGGUUGCUGGUGUUCCUAGAUUCCGGUUUGGGCCACCUGAAGAUAUGCCACAGACAAGUUCUAGUCAUUCUGAUCUUGGCCAGCUUGCUUCUCAAGGAGGUUUAGGAAUGUAUGAAACACCCCUCUUCCUAGCACAUGAAGAAGAGUCAGGUGGCCGGAGUGUUCCCACUACUCCUCUACAAGUAGCAGCCCCAGUGACUGUGUUUACUGAGAGUACCACCUCUGAUGCUUCAGAGCAUGCCUCUCAGUCUGUUCCAAUGGUGACAACGUCCACUGGCACUUUAUCUACAACAAAUGAAACAGCAACAGGUGAUGAUGGAGAUGAAGUAUUUGUGGAGGCAGAAUCCGAAGGUAUUAGCUCAGAAGCAGGCCUAGAAAUUGACAGCCAGCAGGAAGAAGAGCCUGUUCAGGUAUCUGAUGAGUCAGAUCUCCCUUCUACCAGCCAGGAUCCUCCUUCCAGCUCCUCUGUAGAUACUAGCAGUAGUCAGCCAAAGCCUUUCAGACGAGUAAGACUUCAGACAACAUUGAGACAAGGUGUCCGUGGUCGUCAGUUUAACAGACAGAGAGGUGUGAGCCAUGCAAUGGGAGGUAGAGGAGGAAUAAAUAGAGGAAAUAUUAAUUAAAUGGUCUAUAAACUAAAAUAACUGAAUAAGAUUGUCAUCUGUUUUAGUGUAAUGAUUGUCGCAUUUACAGACAUUUUUAUAUUUAAAUUGGUAUGCUUAUCUCAACAUUCUUUAUUAAUAAAAUGUAUUUCAGUGUCAAAGUU